AUGCCGUACCUAAAGCCAUUCCUCGGAUCUCUCGACAGCGGCAUGAUAAGAAAUUAUGGAAUUCACCGGCUUGGAGAAUUCGAGACGAACGCGAAGACCUAUACUUCUUCCGUUGGCAUGAAAAUCUUGAGUCAGAACCGUUAUAAACAGAGUACAAGUAAAAUUGCGAAAAGAAGUUUGAUAAGUGAAGCGAUUAUUGAGCUUGCUAGGACAGUUGAUGGUGGCAAAGAGAUUGGAUACGAUGAUGGGGAUGCCACACUCAGCUUGAAUAGCACUUCUAGUGAGAGUAGGGUGAUAAAGAAGACUACUUCCCUCAUUGUAUAUCUGCCGCUUCCUCACUUCAACACCAAGCAUUGA